UUGAAUUUAUCCGCUCAUGUGCUGCUCGUUCGUCAUUCUGCGUUUCCAAAACAUACACCGGUGUCGGAGUUUACUUGAUUGUUUUUUUUUUCCCUCGUUGUGUUUGUGUCAAUAAUGAGGCUUUAUAGACCCGAAGUGUCAGUUAUGUCCUUUAUUAAACCAGUCCACUCUCGGUAGAGUUGAUAACACUGUAAUACAUAACACAUAAACCAGCAGUCAUGCAGCAAAGCAGUACUGUUACACGCUAUCUCAUCUUCUUUCAGUACCUCGGAACCAAAUACAGUGGGGUGAUGAAGGCUCCGGCACACCAGCUACUGCAGGGAGUGCAGAAUCAUUUAGAGAACGCAGUGCGAAGGCUGAAGCCUGUAAAUGAAGUAUCGUUGUCCAUCUCCAGUCGAACAGACACCGGUGUGCAUGCGCUCUGCAACUCUGCACAUCUAGACAUCCAGCGCAGAGGAGACAAACCUCCCUUCACCGAACAAGUCCUGACUGAUGCCUUAAACUUCUUUUUAAAACCAGAACCCAUUAGAAUCACAAGAGUCUACUGCGUACAGAAUGACUUUCACGCCCGCUACCGUGCCAUAUCAAGAACCUACGUCUACCGCUUGGCCACAGGAGUCCGUCGUCACGCUGAAUUGCCCAUAACAGAGAAGGAUUUGUGCUGGACAUUAUGGGACACGGAGCUGAACAUAGAUGCCAUGCGAGAGGCAGGAGCCGUGUUCCAGGGAACACACGAUUUCAGCACCUUCCGCGCACUCAGCUCAGACGCUCCAUUCAAGAACCCAGUGAAGACCAUGGAGCUGGUGCAGGUACAGCCGGGCCUCUCCUUUAGCCAGCGCCACUUCCACAGAGACAUCCAGUUUUGGGAGCUCACGUUUAAAAGUAGGUCCUUUUUAUACAAACAAGUUCGGAGGAUGGUUGGGACAUUGGUUGCAGUUGGCCGGGGUAAACUCUCUGUCGAUCAUGUUCAGGAUCUGUUAGACACUAGGGACUCCACGGCCUACCCUCAGAACAUGGCGGCUCCGCCCUACGGCCUCUUUCUGAUAAACGUGGAGUACAACGACUCUGGUAAAGACUCCAUUUUCUUUAAGAUUUCAAAUUUAGAUUUAUUACAAGUUCAAAUCCUAAGCUUUCAUCCUUUGCUGUUUCUGUACAGAUCUGAAGCCGUACACAGGGGCUUGAAUGAUUGAUUAUAAAGGAGAAUGCAAUAUAUCUGUAUAUAAUAAAUACAUUUUGUAUUUAAUUUAUGGAAGGAGUCUCCAGUGUCAGUACUUUGUAAGAGGUAAAGCUGUUCCUUUAAGUUUUUUGCCACAGGAGACAGGGUGACUACAAGCUGUAUGUCUUCUGUGUUAUUAACAUCAAGAGAAAGAACGAGUGUUUCUAGCUACUAUAAUGUAAGUGAUCUUACAUUUCACAUCAUUAAAUGUAAACAGGCUUGUGUGAUCUUGAUUUUUCCAUUAGAAAAUUUUUUUUUAAUAAACAAUUUACGCAUCCAGAACUGAUUGCCUAAACAGAGGAGGGAAACAAGCAUUAAAGGAGAGUGUAAUAAUAUUACCAAAUGUAUGGUCUGGAACUGCUUGCUGGCAGAGGCAAUUGCAGAAAGGUUGGCAGGCAUCAUAAUAUUUAAUCACUGGCUAUCAUGUAAAACCAUGUAGAAAUGAUUAAAUCAUUACAUGGCACAAGCCUAAACGUAACUAUAAAUGGAUAAAUAGCAUGACAGAUAAUUCCUUAAUAAAUAAAAAAUGGUUAGCUUUGAAAAAUUCCCAAAACUUGUAGAUUGUAUUCGUAUUCCAGCACACUCCAUCGUGUUUUAUUUCUUUAUAAAUAAAUAUAUAUAUAUAUAUAUAUAUAUAUAUAAAAAACAUAAAAUCGCUUAGCAAUAAUUUCUUGUAUUUUAUUCUAACAUUGCAAUAUCAUUCAGACAUGUUCUCACCACACACAAUUCUGCAUGUCGCCGUAUUUCUAGGACAAGAAGCAUUCGGCACACCGCAGUGCAACACAGCAGCCUUACACAGAAGCCUAGAAUACAUUCAGAACAUCUAAUCACACGCGUACAUGAUGUGUCUUAUAAGAGUUGGAGUGUUGCAUAUUGUUUGCGUCAUCCACAGGGAUGUAAUGACCAUUUAAAGCGCCAGUUAUUUAUUUCAUUUGAGAGAGAAAAAACACUCGAGCGCCACCACAAUCAAGUAGAGAAGCAUCCCGAGCGAGGUUAUAAACGUUGGUGAGAACAGAGAGGCCACAUCAGGAAGUGUUUGAGCUCAUUCUCGUAGUCUCGGGACACAGAAUGUGUUUUUAUUUCAGUUUUGAGUCCAUUUGCAUGAUCCGCAGCUCGUGUAAAAACACAACUAAUCAAGAGGGACAUGAAAAACGUUUUAAAAAUGUUUAAACCCUGAAGUUAAGCAGGAAUGUUUCUUGCAGGCAACCUUUUUUUAAAAUGAUCAUCAAAUAUUAUGCUGAUUGAGAAAUAAGGCAGAGGUGCCAACAUACAGUUUCAGCUUUAGCGUUUAUGAUUUUUGAUCUCUCACUUUAGCGAUAAAGGAGACUUCUGAAAAUGAUGCUUUUAUGCUUUCACAGUUAAAGCAGCUGACACACAAAAAUGCUAAUAAAAUUCAUCCAGCAGGGAAAAAAA